AUGUCCGAUGGGGGCGUAGUGGACGGUUCGUGGCAGCUGAACAUAACUGUCACGGACUUUGACGUUGUUAGAACUUUACGAGUUAAAGGUGACCUCCAUAUAGGUGGUGUUAUGUUGCAAUUGGUAGAAGCUUUGGAUAUUGCAUUUGAUUGGUCUGAUCAUGCUUUGUGGUGGCCUUUGCGAAACAGAUGGCUUAAUCGUACCCGUUCAACUUUAGAUCAAUAUGGAGUACAAGCUGAUGCAAAGUUAGAAUUCACGCCAAUGCACAAAUCUUUACAAAUCCAGCUUCCUAGCUUGAAAAUCAUAGAAUUGAUGGUGGAUUUCUCUUGCAAUGUUUUUGGGGCUGUCAUUCAAAUCUGUUGGAUACUUGCUUAUAACUUAAUGGUUUGUUCUUGCAAUCAUAAUGUAUUGAUCUUUCUUUCUUUCUUUUCUUUUCUUUUUUUUCUUUUCUUUUCUUUUUUUCUUUUCUUUUCUUUUCUUUCUUUUCUUUCUCUUUCUUUUCUUUCUCUUCUUUCUUUUCUUUUUCUUUCUUUUCUUUCUCUUCUUUCUUUUCUUUCUUGUCUUUCUUUUCUUUCUCUUCUUUCUUUUCUUUCUCUUCUUUCUUUUCUUUCUUUUCUUUCUUUUCUUUUCUUUCUUUUCUUUCUUUUCUUUCUUUUCUUUCUCUUCUUUCUUUUCUUUCUUUUCUUUUCUUUUUUUUCUUUCUUUUUUCUUUUUUCUUUCUUUUUUCUUUUCUUUUUCUUUCUUUCUUUUUUCUUUUUCUUUUUUUUUUUCUUUCUUUUCUUUUUCUUUUCUUUUCUUUUUUUCUUUUCUUUCUUUUUUUCUUUUCUUUUCUUUUCUUCUUUCUUUUCUUUUUCUUUCUUUCUUUCUUUCUUUUCUUUCUUUUCUUUCUCUUCUUUUCUCUUCUUUCUUUUCUUUUUCUUUUCUUUUCUUUCUUUCUUUUCUUUCUUUCUUUCUUUUUUCUUUCUUUCUCUUUUUCUUUCUUUCUUUUUUCUUUUCUUUUUUUUCUUUCUUUCUUUUCUUCUUCUUUCUUUUUUCUUUUUUCUUUCUUUCUUUCUUUCUUUCUUUCUCUUCUUUCUUUUUUUUCUCUUCUUUCUUUUUUUUCUCUUCUUUCUUUUUUUUCUCUUCUUUCUUUUUUUUCUCUUCUUUCUUUUUUUUCUCUUCUUUCUUUUUUUUCUCUUCUUUCUUUUUUUUCUCUUCUUUCUUUUUUUUCUCUUUCUUUUUUCUUUCUUUUCUUUCUUUCUUUCUCUUCUUUCUUUCUUUCUCUUCUUUCUUUCUUUCUCUUCUUUCUUUCUUUCUCUUUCUUUCUUUCUUUCUCUUUCUUUCUUUCUUUCUCUUUCUUUCUUUCUUUCUCUUUCUUUCUUUCUUUCUCUUUCUUUCUUUCUUUCUCUUUCUUUCUUUCUCUUCUUUUCUUUUUUUCUCUCUUUCUCUCUCAAAGCAAUGAGAGAAAAAGUGGAUGGCAUACGUCAUCCUGAAGAACUUUCGUUGAUGAGGAAACUAGAAAAGGAAGAUCUAAAGAAGAAUACUUUUGUGACUCUGCGUAACAAGCGCCAUCAGCAUCAUCAUGAGGCACCACACAGCCCUGGCAACUGGAACAGUCCUCACAAUUCUUCUAACAGCCUCGACCGUCUUGGCAAUCGCAGUCCAAUGACCCAUUCACCACACAACACUCUCUCUCCUAAUACUCCACUUAGUGGCUUUAGUAUGUCGUCCAACUCUCCGUACAGCACAUUCAAUGCCAACAACAGCUACACUGCGGGUUCUUUGCACAGCCUAAACACUGAUGAAAUGGAGCUGAUGACCAGUCCUCAUAUAUCAACUAAAGAAGCUUUUAACAUGUUGUUGCGUCCAAAGACAUAUGCAGAAAAGGCCAGAAUCAACAAAGGGUGGCUAGAUUCUUCAGUUUCCUUGAUGGAACAAGGAAUUAGAGAGAAAGAACUUUUGCUGCUGAAAUUUAAAUUCUUCACCUUUUAUGACCUUAGUCCAAAGUAUGAUUCCAUACGGAUAAAUCAGAUUUAUGAACAAGCCAAAUGGGGAUUAAUAUCUGAAGAGAUUGACUGUACAGAAGAAGAAAUGAUCAUGUUUGCUGGUUUGCAGAUGCAAAUUGAACUUCAAAGUGAGCAACCCCAGCCGGAUCAUUUUGAUGAGACUGACCUUCAUGCUGAAGAUGAUAUAGACUCUGCACUAACAGAAUUGCAAGAAUCUCUUGAAGGCGGAUCACAUUCUUGCCCAACUGAUAUUACCAAUGUCCCUGAAUUAGGAACCUACAUCAAAAUAUUCAAGCCAAAGAAAUUUACCCUAAAAAAUUUCAAGCGGUUUUACUGUGUAUUUAGGGAAUACACUAUUUCAUUGUACAAAAGUAAAGAUGAUACCUGUGGUAAUGCUAUUUCCAAAAUAGCUACAAAAGGCUGUGAGACAAGCCCUGACGUAAACCUCUCUAGUAAGAAAUAUGGAAUAAAAUUGUUUGAACCAACAAAAGAAGGAAUGUCUGAGAUUUGGCUUCGGUUUGAUACAGAGGAAAGUUAUUGUCAGUGGAUGGCUGCUUGUCGGCUAGCUUCCAAGGGGAAGACAAUGGCUGAUAGUUCUUAUGAGAGUGAAGUGAAUGCUCUGAAAACGUUCCUGAGUAUGCAACAGCCAGUCUCUGGAAAUUCUACUGAUAACAGCUUAAGUCGGGACAUCCACGUGGAGGAUUACGUGGCACCUCGUUUUGCCAAAAGACUCAAGUCAUCUCAGAUUGUUCGUCGAAUCACCGAUGCUCAUUCAAAUGUAAAAGAUUUGAACUUGACAGAUGCCAAAUUAGCUUACAUCAAGGCAUGGCAGGCACUUCCAGAAUAUGGCAUUACAUAUUUUAUUAUUAAGAUGAACACCAACAAGAAAGAAGAAUUGAUUGGUGUCGCUAGCAAUCGUAUAAUUCGAAUGGAUCUACAUUCUGGUGAUUCGAUCAAAACAUGGCGUUACAACACUUUGCAAACUUGGACAGUCAACUGGGAAUCUCGUAAAGUGAUUCUAAAAUUUGAAGAAGAGGAAAUUGUCUUUGACAGUUUAGCUUCCGAUUGCAAAGUUGUGCAUGAAUUCAUUGGCGGAUAUAUCUUCCUUUCAAUGCGGUCUUCCGAUAAAAGCCAAACUUUGGACGAAGCCCUCUUCCACAAAUUAACUGGAGGCCGAUUGUAA